AUGACUAACUAUUCAGAUAAUAUUAUUUGUUUAUUUUUUAAAAUAAUUCGUUUUAUAACGCACAUUGUAAUUGGUGCUUUAUGCUGCGCUUAUUUCUUGCAGAAUUCCUGCAGACGCAUGGAAAUGGAAAGAGACUUACGUGCGCAUUCGAAUUUAUUUGAAGACUCUUCCAUGGAGGUCAUAAAUAACCAAAUUCAAGAUGAUUUAAACGCAUUUUCCAUUAUAUCUCCAGUUACGACAUUAAAUCACCCGGAAAUACCUGAAAUAUCAACGACAUCCCAAAAUAAGUUGAUAAAAAUGUCUAACUGCUUUUUUAAUCAAGUGCACCUGUUGGAUUCUUCGGGUAACAUUGUCUUAACGGCUAGUUCUGGGUGGUCUGGGUGGGAUAUUUUCCUACCAACGGGUGAAAAGGCCGGGAAAUUAACAAAGAACAUAACAGGAACAAAGUAUUACCUUAAUUCUUCAUUUGGAAACUGUUUAAUUAAGUAUUUUAACGUAUAUUCCAAUGCAGGCCCUAGAGUUUUCCAUAUUUAUGCAGAUUUAUUAAUUGAAAAUCAAAAAAAAAAAGAAAGUCUCCAGGAUAGAGUUCGAAAAAAAUCGAACGAGUACGCUUUUUUAAUCAAUAAGCCACCAUAUUUUAAUUAUGAAAGUAAUUCUUAUGUGCUUAAUUUUAACGGGCGCGUGACAAUGCCGUCUUCCAGGAAUUUCCAAGUGAUUCACCCAAAGGACACUUCGUAUAUUACAAUUACAUUCGGGAAAAUCGCACAAAAUGAGUACAUUUUAGACUAUUCUUACCCUUGGACGCCUGUUCAGGCACUUUCCAUUGCACUUUCUUCAUUUUCGUGGAAAUUAGGCGGAUAA